UCCAAUAGAUCACAACGUUUUAAUGAAAAUUCGCAAAAAAUGAAAUUGAUUUUUACAGUUAUUGCUAUAUACGUCGGAUAUGCAAUUAGCGAAAACUCAAUAUUAGAAAAGGAAUUUGUUGAUCCUGAUGACAAAAAUGACAAAAUAAUUAUAUGGAAAUCACUUUUCACCAAGUUGAACACUAUUUUAGUUGAAUCCAGCGCUACUAACAAAGCAUUAGAGGAUUUGGAGAAAAGAUUUGCAGAUUUAACCAAAAGGCUGGCAGAGCAAAACUCUCAAAUAAAUCGAAUGAAGGAGCUCGACGAGCUGAAUACUAUAUACCUAAUUGAAAACCGACUGGAUGCUAAAAAGAGCAAACCCUGGACCACAAUUCUACGUCGUAAUAAUGGCUCAGUUGAUUUUUCCCGUAAAUGGACCGACUAUCAAGAAGGAUUCGGUGAUGCACCAAAUGGCGAAUUUUUCAUUGGUCUAAAUAAACUGCACACUUUAACUGCAAAUGCGCCUCAUGAACUUUUAGUUAUCCUUAAGGAUUGGGAUAAUGAAAUGCGAUAUGCUCACUAUGCGAAUUUCAAAAUUGGUAGCGCAGGUGAAAAAUAUGCCAUUAAGGAGUUGGGAGAAUAUACCGGAGAUGCCGGAGAUGCUUUGGAAGGUCACAAAGGCAUGCGGUUUUCUACAUCCGACCAGGAUAAUGAUGCGAGCUCUUCCAAUUGUGCAUUGGAUAACAAUGGUGCCUGGUGGUUCAAAGAUUGCUUUAACAGUCAUCUAAAUGGACCCUAUAAGACGCAAGAGAAAUCACAUGAAAACGGGGUAACAUGGGAUACUUGGAAGCCUGUUUACUCGUUGAAAUUCGCAGCGAUGAAAAUUAGAAAAAUAUCGAUUUAAUUUUUUGGCCAACUUAUUUCAAAAGGCCCCCGCCAGAUUAUGUUCAAGUGAAAUUAUCAAUUAAUGAAUAAUAAUCUGUAAAAAUACAUUAAAUGUCGAUAAGACAGUAUUUUAAA